AAGGGUAGCCCAGGGUGGCUAGAUAGAGGUCCAGACAUGCCAGAGCACUGACAGGAAUGCGAACUUGUCCGCAGUAGUUAGGGAGUUAUCAAGAAGUGUAUGUGAGCUUAGAGGAAGGAUUGUAGAGCACGAAACCACCCCAGGCGGGCCGUGUUGAGGGCUGUCGAACCGGUGAACCGGAACCGAGCCCAGAGCUUUGAUAUCGGACAUUAGCUGGUUAGCUGGAGAGCUCCCAACAAGUACCGUCAGUUUCAUCCAGUCAUGUCUGCGGCCGGGGACUUCGGGAACCCUUUAAGGAAAUUUAAAUUGGUGUUUCUCGGGGAACAGAGCGUUGGAAAGACGUCGCUGAUCACCAGGUUCAUGUAUGACAGCUUCGACAACACUUACCAAGCCACAAUAGGAAUAGAUUUCCUGUCGAAAACAAUGUACCUUGAAGACCGAACAAUCCGGUUGCAGUUGUGGGACACGGCGGGGCAGGAGCGGUUUCGUAGCCUCAUCCCGAGCUACAUCCGAGACUCUGCUGCUGCUGUCGUCGUGUAUGACAUCACAAAUGUCAACUCCUUCCAGCAAACAACUAAAUGGAUUGAUGAUGUGAGAACGGAGAGAGGAAGUGAUGUCAUUAUCAUGUUGGUGGGAAACAAGACAGACCUUGCAGACAAAAGACAGAUAACCACAGAGGAGGGAGAGCAGAGAGCGAAAGAGAUGAAUGUUCUGUUUAUUGAAACGAGUGCAAAGACAGGCUACAAUGUCAAACAGCUGUUCCGGCGUGUUGCAGCAGCCCUCCCUGGCAUGGAUAGCACACAGGACAAGAGUAAAGAGGACAUGAUCACCAUACAGCUGGAGAAGCCACCAGAGCAACCCGUCAACGAUGCAAGCUGUUCCUGCUAAUGCCAGUUUAUGUCAUGCUUGAUAUUUCUCUCCUGGCUUUUUAAUCAAACCCAGUUGUUCUUUCUGUAUCUGUACCUUUCACUGCACCCAUUUCUGUUCCCCCGCCUGAAAGAGCUCAGACACUACAUCCGUUAUACUUGACAUUGGGACAAAAUUGCUCUGAAACGGCUCUCUAGAAGUCAUGAAUCACUCACAGUGAAUAUUUGCACUGUAACACACAGAUGAUAAAACUCUAUUCACGGCUGUUGGCUGUCAUUUGAAACAGAAGUCACAGUGCUGUUAUCUAAAGAUGACAAACUGGAGACAAAUGUGUUUCAAGAGUGAGAUUAUUCUAAGAGUUCAAUAUUGCGUUAAGCUUAAUACGCACAAUGUGGGAGUUGUGCGCACUUGUCAGUAAACAUAAUUUCCACUGUUGCAGGAUUCAUACACAAAUAUGUUCUGUCUUUGAAAUGUCUGGAAUAAUUAGUGGAAAGGUUGCAACGUUGUGUUCAAGUGAAUCAAUUGGAGCAUCUUUUAAAAGCAGUGUGCUUCGUGGUGCCUGGACCUGCAGUCACAGUUCUCCCAACAUGCACCAGCAAGACAUGACAAGUAAACACCGUCACACAUCACCGCACGGUCUGAGACCAGCACAAACACAUGACACCUACUGCAAGAGCCACACUAUCACGACCACAUCACCACCCUUCUCCUCAUCCCACACGUUGAUUAUCGGUUAUAUUUACCGUGGCUUCCAUUUUCGAUUACCUUUUUAUUUUAAUAGGUUAAUUAUUUUCUAAAGACUACAGAUAUCAUAGAUUAAAACUUUCUUUGAAGAUGGUGUUUGAGAAGGAUGUUCUCAUAUAUUAUGUCAUAAUCAUAAAACCCACUAAACAUUAGAUAUGGAGAUAUAUGGCUGUUGGAGGACCUCCUCAGCUUUGGGUUUAUAUAGUUAAGUUUGGUAUGUUUGAACACUUUAAUGGUUGUUUUUUUGUUAAUUUGUUGGUAUUGAUCUUUUGUUAGUGAUUAUUCUACAUGCGUAUUUAAUCCACAAUGACUUGUAAUAUUUAUUUCAAUUGGGUUCAUACUCCUUUUUUUUUUUUUGGCUGUUAAUGUCUACAUCUUUGGGUGCACGUCCUGAAUCGCUAAUAUAAUAUGAAUCCAUCUGGAACACCUUUUAGCAGAAGGAGCAGAGAGCCUGUUGUGUUCUCUUAACGGGCAAUUAGAUUUUACUGAUGAUCCAGUGCAAUUUUUGUGUGAAUUUAUAUGGAGGAGAAUCUGAUUUGUAUAGCAUAGUAGCCCCUAACGUUUCUGUCUGGAAUGCUUUUAAAUGAAAAAAUAAAAAUACACUUGUCACUUC